AUGGCGAAAGAGCCAGAACAACCACCUGCCAGUGAAGCUAGAAAGGGCAAAGAGGUUGAAGAAGAACAAGUUUCAAUAGAUUUACCUGUUAAUACUACCACCACCACAACAAUUCCCCCAUUGGUAAGUGUUGAAGUUACAUUCACGGCACCCUCAACUCUUCCAUCUAUAACUGAAGAGGUAGCAACAACAAAUGUUCCACUAGAUGCCUCAAUAUCAACACCCUCAGUAACACUCACAACUGCUCCAAGUUCUAGUCAACCUGCUUCUGAAGCCUCAACUCCAAGUCAGCAAGGAGCUACCACCCCAUCAGCCAAUCCAGAACUUCCUCCUUGGAUGGAAGUAGUGGCUCCUAAGAGGAAAAAACAAGUGAUAUCCCCAGAUGAGUUUGACUUUGAACUUUUAGUUCCUCCAAAAACUAAGGGAAUCAAAAAGUCGAAGACAAUAUCUCGGGUAGUAGUAGAUCCUGCUUCCAAGAUAAAAUAUACUGAAGUUAUGGUGCCAACGUCAGACAAGGAUAAAGGCAACAUAAGAUUAGAAGAUUAUACCAUGCAGUUGAAUUUUGAUAACACUAUUAUAUUGAUGUAUAAUAUAUCAAAUAUCAUAAUACACCUCAGCAGGCCCACUGGCUGGCCCCUACCGCCCGUCAGCCGGGUUGGGUGGGGAUCGGGGGUUAUAUUGCCAGAGGUCAGGAAAAUCGUAGGAGCAAAGUAUUAUAGCUUACUAGAUUAUUUACCACUUGGGGAUUUUUUAUCUCCAAGAGAUGGAGAUGGGCAUGGAACACACACCUCCUCUAUUGCUGCUGGAAAUCAUAUUAAGAAUGCAAGCUUUUAUGGUAUUACCCAAGGAGAUGCACGAGGUGGGAUCCCUGGUGCAAGGAUUGCUAUGUACAAAGUUUGUUGGCUUGAUGAUUGUGACGAAGCAGGCAUUCUUGCAGCAUUUGAUGAUGCCAUCUAUGAUGGUGUGGACAUCAUUUCUAUAUCACUUGGUUUCGAUUUUCCUAUUGGUUACUAUGAAGAUAGCAUUGCUAUUGGAGCAUUUCAUACAAUGAAGAGGGGAAUUUUGGUAUCAAAUUUAGCUGGAUAUUUUGGACCUUCUAGGGCACCAGUUUCUAAUUAUUCUCCAUGGUCUCUAACUAUAGCUGCAAGCACCAUUGAUCGUAAAAUGGAUUGUGAACUUCUUUUAGGAAACAACAUGUCCAUAAAAGGAAUUUCUAUAAACACAUAUACAAUGGAGCAACCAUGGUAUCCUUCAGUAUAUGGAGGGGAUGUUGCUAAUGUUUCUGGAGGCUUUACUUCUGAGGAUUCCAGCGGUUGUGCAUUAAAUUUUGUAGAUCGUACUAAAGUUGAAGGAAAGAUUGUGCUUUGCAACUACACUUAUGACCCACCAAAUUAUUCAGUUUUUAUUGCGGGUAGAGCAAGUGUCAUUAUAAUUCUGGAUGGGUUUGAUGACACAACUUUUGUUUGGUUAAACCCCGCAAUAGCGAUACCAACUAAACAAGGAAAAUUCAUUUUGUCUUACAUCAGCUCUACAAGCUCUCCUUUUGCAAAAAUUCAAAAAACUAUGACUUCCAAAGCAUUGACACCCAUUGUGGCUUCCUUCUCAUCCCGUGGUUUCAAUCCAAUUACUUUGGACAUUCUCAAGCCUGAUAUUACAGCACCAGGUAUGGAAAUUCUUGCAUCUUGGGCGAUAAAUUCCUCACUUAGUGGGAAGCUAGGAGACAAAAGGAUUUCUGACUUCAAUAUAAUAUCUGGAACCUCCAUGUCAUGUCCGCACAUCGCAGGAGUUGCAGGAUUUGUUAAGUCAUAUCAUCUAGAUUGGUCCGCUUCUGCUAUCAAAUCAGCUCUAAUGACUACAACAUUUAUAAUGGAUCCAACAUUGGUUGGAAAUGAAGAUGCAGAAUUUGGGUAUGGUGUUGGGCAAAUAAAUCCAAUGAUGGCAAUCAAUCCGGGGCUUGUGUAUGAUGCAGAACUAGAUGAUUAUGUUAAUUUUCUUUGUAAAGAAUGCUACAGUGACACUGAUUUACAUUUGGUGACAUGA